AUGAACCACCACAAAGAACAACCUGAAGCCACCAUCGACCUAUCUGCUUUCAUAGCACAAAUCAUGUCGUCUGAGAGCAGACUGAGAGAUCGUGGUGGUGCCGCCUUCCAACCACCAUAUCUCAGAAACCCGAAUCUUGAAGGCACGAAUAUUGGGGCCUUGAUGAUCAUUCACCGUGGUGGUGGCUCGGGGUUGUUAUCUGGUGAGGUGAAUGAUAGUUGUGGUGUUAAUAUCUAUGUAAAUAAUAAUAUUCAAGGGUUGAAUAAUUCUAUAAUGAUUGGAAGUCGGUUGCAUAUGGGUGAUCCUGGAGUGUGGUUGACAUUGAAAGAUUCAAAAUUGAAGAGAUGGUUUUCCAAGAAAACUGAUACAAUGUGUUUAUCUAUAGGAUUUUAUGUGUUAUUUGUUCUCGUGAUUGUUUUGGCGUUCGUUGUGAUGUUCAUGUAA